GGCGGCCGGCCGGGGCCGCAGAUGGCGACCCAGGUGGAGGCUCUCCUGCCCGGCAACCCCCUCCUGCCCGCCGAGGAGCGCGGGCUGCUCAUCCAGAAGCCCCAGGACGGGGCCCGGGAGAAGGGCGAGCCCCUCAUGCCCCACGGGGAGAAGGCCACCGCCGAGGAGGGCCGCGGGGGCGCCCCGGACGGCUGCCCCCAGGGGGGCGGCGGCGGCGUGGCGGGGGAGCCGCCCCGGCGGAGCGCGGCGCCCAGGCCCCCCAGCAUCAAGCAGCAGAAGGAGGAGAGCAACCACCAGGAGAAGGAGAACCUGCUGCAGCAGCGCGGAGGGGGCGAGAACCGGCUGCUGGGCGAGGCGGGGGGCGGCAGCGGCGGCGAGGACGGCGGCGAGCAGGGAGGAGGCGGGCGCAAGGAAUUCAUCGAGGCCCCCCCGCCCAAGGUGAACCCUUGGACUAAAAACGCCCCCGUGGCCGUGGUGGCCGUCAACGGACAGUCCCCCCCAGAACAUACAACUCCAGCCAAAGUGGUGAGGGCUGCAAACCCCAGGCAGCGGAAAGGAAGCAAGGUCGGUGACUUUGGUGAUGCCACGAACUGGCCGACCCCUGGAGAAAUAGCCCACAAGAGCAUCCAGCACAUGUUGGACGCGCUGGUCGCUACAGCUGAGCGACUCUUCGGGGUGCUGGACAUCGGCUCAGGAGGCCGCCAGGAAUAG